CAAGGCUACCCCCCAGUUGCUUCAGAGAUGUAGGAGGAUUUCUCUCCCUCCCCUCCCUCUCUCUCUCUCUCACUGUCACUGUGUGUUGCUGUCGAGAGAUCAGUUCAGCUGGGUGCGCUUGCUGCUUCUGCUGCCGGCUCCUCCAGCCGCUCUCUGGAUUACUUUACUCCCUCGACCCUGCCUCUCUUUUACUCAAUGCUGGGCACCAAAGACAUGACGAGUCACACCGAAGCACCCCGGCCUUUGAACUGGACGAUCCGUAAGCUGUGUCACGCAGCUUUCCUGCCAUCAGUUAGACUCCUCAAGGCCCAGAAAUCAUGGAUAGAGAGAGCGUUUUGCAAGCGAGAAUGUGUCCACAUUAUACCGAGCACAAAAGACCACCAUAGGUGCUGUUGUGGGCGACUAAUGGGCCAACACGUUGGAUUACCCCCUGCCAUCUCCAUCAGCCAGAACAAUAGCGGUGAAUGCAGAAGCAUGAAGAAUGAUCUGGAGAAAUGGUCUGUCAGCAAGCACACCCAACUCAGCCCAACAGAUGCCUUUGGCACAAUUGAAUUUCAGGGAGGAGGACACUCUAACAAAGCUAUGUAUGUGCGUGUUUCAUUUGACACUAAGCCUGACUUGCUCUUACACCUGAUGACAAAGGAAUGGCAGCUGGACCUCCCAAAGCUACUGAUCUCCAUUCACGGUGGCCUCCAAAACUUUGAGCUUCAACCUAAACUGAAGCAGGUCUUUGGAAAGGGCUUAAUUAAAGCGGCCAUGACAACAGGGGCUUGGAUCUUCACUGGAGGUGUGAACACAGAAUAUGAACAACCAACUGAGGAUUCCCAUGGAUCAGUAAACCAAAAUGGUGUUGCAGUCAUGUUUUCCAUGGGUUCAUUCUUAGGGGUCAUUCGCCAUGUAGGAGAUGCACUGAAGGACCAUGCCUCGAAGUCCAGAGGAAGGAUCUGCAUUAUAGGCAUCGCUCCAUGGGGAAUAGUGGAGAAUCAAGAGGAUCUGAUUGGAAAGGAUGUGGUCCGCCCCUAUCAAACCAUGUCCAACCCCUUGAGCAAGCUGACAGUAUUGAACAGCAUGCACUCACAUUUCAUCCUGGCAGACAACGGCACAACAGGCAAAUACGGAGCUGAGGUGAAAUUGCGGAGGCAACUGGAGAAGCACAUUUCCCUACAGAAGAUUAACACCAGGAUUGGACAGGGAGUUCCAGUGGUGGCUCUCAUUGUGGAAGGUGGACCCAACGUAAUCUCUAUCGUGCUGGAGUACCUGCGAGACACCCCACCUGUCCCAGUGGUGGUCUGUGACGGCAGUGGCCGGGCUUCAGACAUCCUUGCCUUCGCCCACAAGUAUUCAGAGGAUGGUGGGGUGAUAAAUGAAUCUUUGAGAGACCAACUGCUCGUCACCAUUCAAAAGACCUUCAACUACAGCCGCACACAGGCUCAGCACCUCUUUAUCAUUUUAAUGGAGUGCAUGAAAAAGAAGGAAUUGAUUACUGUCUUCAGAAUGGGCUCAGAGGGACAUCAGGACAUUGAUUUAGCCAUUCUAACGGCACUCCUGAAAGGAGCCAAUGCUUCAGCACCAGAUCAGCUUAGUCUAGCUUUAGCCUGGAACAGAGUGGACAUUGCUCGGAGUCAAAUCUUUAUCUAUGGACAGCAGUGGCCGGUGGGUUCCCUCGAGCAGGCCAUGCUUGAUGCACUGGUGCUGGACCGUGUGGAAUUUGUGAAACUGCUGAUUGAGAACGGAGUGAGCAUGCAUCGGUUCCUCACCAUCUCCAGGCUCGAAGAGCUCUACAACACCAGACAUGGCCCAUCCAACACUUUGUACCAAUUAGUCAGGGAUGUCAAAAAGCGAGAAUACCAAGCAUUCAGCUGGAUCUAUUUUCAGGGGAACCUUCCUCCUGAUUAUAGAAUCAGUUUAAUUGACAUCGGGCUUGUGAUUGAGAAUCUGAUGGGAGGAGCUUAUCGCUGCAAUUACACACGCAAAAGGUUUCGAACUCUAUACCACAAUCUGUUUGGUCCAAAACGGCCCAAGGCUCUGAAGCUGCUGGGAAUGGAGGAAGAGCCUCCCAUCCGGAGAGGCAGGAAGCCCACCAAGAAGAGGGAGGAAGACGUGGACAUCGACCUGGACGAUCCAGAGAUCAAUCACUUCUCCUACCCAUUUCACGAGCUGAUGCUGUGGGCUGUGCUCAUGAAGCGGCAGAAGAUGGCACUGUUCUUCUGGCAGCAUGGUGAGGAGGCCAUGGCCAAGGCCCUCGUCGCCUGCAAGCUCUGCAAAGCCAUGGCUCACGAGGCCUCUGAGAACGACAUGGUGGAUGACAUCUCCCAAGAGUUGAACCAUAACUCCAGGGAGUUUGCACAGCUUGCCGUCGAACUACUGGACCAGUCGUACAAGCAGGAGGAGCAGAUGGCCAUGAAGCUGCUGACCUAUGAGCUGAAGAACUGGAGUAACUCCACUUGCUUGCAGCUGGCUGUGGCGGCCAAGCACCGAGACUUCAUUGCUCACACCUGCAGCCAGAUGCUCCUCACGGACAUGUGGAUGGGACGGCUGAGGAUGCGCAAGAAUUCCAGUCUGAAGGUUAUUCUGGGUAUCCUGCUACCCCCAUCAAUCCUCAGCCUGGAAUUUAAGAAUAAGAAUGAGAUGUCAUACGUGCCCCACAGCCAGGAGUCACCUUUACUUGGGAAAGAAGUGGAGGAGCCUGAGAAACCAGUCAAAGAAAAAGAGGAGGAGGACAUGGAGUUCACAGCAAUGCUUGAUGGGGUGAAUGGAGAAUCGGCUCGAAAGAAAAAUGAAGAAGUACCACCAACAGUACACAGAAUGAUCCCAUUUGGAAGAAAAAUCUAUGAAUUUUACAGUGCUCCAAUUGUUAAGUUCUGGUUUCAUACGCUGGCAUACUUUGGCUAUCUGAUGCUUUUUAAUUACAUCGUUUUGGUGAAGAUGGAGCGGUGGCCGUCAGUGCAGGAGUGGAUAGUCAUUUCUUACAUUUUCACACUCGGCAUAGAGAAGAUGCGAGAGAUCCUGAUGUCAGAGCCUGGUAAACUGUUGCAGAAGGUGAAGGUCUGGCUGCAGGAGUACUGGAACAUCACCGAUCUCAUGGCUAUCCUGCUUUUCUCUGUGGGGAUGGUGCUACGCCUGCAGGAGAAGCCAUAUAUGAGCUACGGCAGAGUCAUCUACUGCGUUAACAUCAUUUACUGGUACAUUCGCCUAUUAGACAUCUUCGGGGUCAACAAGUAUCUGGGGCCUUAUGUCAUGAUGAUUGGAAAAAUGAUGAUCGACAUGAUGUACUUUGUGAUCAUCAUGCUGGUAAUUUUAAUGAGCUUUGGAGUGGCACGCCAAGCAAUUCUUCACCCGAAUGAAGAUCCAUCCUGGAGGCUGGCGAGAAACAUUUUCUACAUGCCCUAUUGGAUGAUCUAUGGAGAAGUGUUUGCUGACCAAAUUGAUCCUCCAUGUGGGGCUGGAUUGACGGAGGAUGGUAGACCCCUACCUCCUUGCAUAACUGGAGCAUGGAUCAUCCCUGCUAUAAUGGCCUGUUAUCUCUUGGUUGCAAAUAUACUGCUGGUGAACCUCCUUAUAGCUGUGUUCAACAACACAUUUUUUGAAGUCAAAUCAAUAUCAAACCAGGUUUGGAAGUUUCAGAGGUACCAGGUGAUCAUGGCUUUCCACGAGAGGCCUGUCCUGCCUCCACCGCUGAUCACCUUCAGUCACAUGACUAUGGUCUGCCAACAUAUCUGCUGUCGCUGGCGCAAGCAAGAACGUGAGCAGGAAGACAAAGAUUAUGGACUCAAACUGUGUAUAACUGAAGAUGAACUAAAGAAACUGCAUGACUUCGAGGAACAGUGUAUAGAAGAGUAUUUUCGAGAAAAGGAUGAUAUGUUCAACUCUUCAAAUGAUGAAAGAAUAAGAGUUACUGCUGAGCGGGUGGACAACAUGUCGAUGCGGCUGGAGGAGGUGAAUGAGAGGGAACACUUCAUGAAAGCUUCCUUGCAGACCAUGGACAUCAGGUUGGGGCAGCUGGAGGAGCUGGCGGCGCGCAUGGCCACGGCCUUGGAGCGGCUGGCUGGCCUGGAGAAGGCCGAGGGCAACAAGGUGCCGUCCAGGACUUCGUCGGACUGCACCGAGGCCGCCUGCAUCCUGCGCCAGAGCAGCUUCAACAGCCAGGAGGGCAACUGCGGGGGCUACCGGCUGGCCGAGUGCGGGGAGCAGGCGGCCGAGGAGCCGGUGUCCCCCACCUCGCCCACCGUCACGCCGAGGAUGAGGAGCCACUCUUUCUACCUGGUGAGCCCGAAGCCGAGGGCCGGCGGGGAGCGGACCGACUUUCCCUUCAAGGAGAGGUCGCUGAGCCUGCAGAGGGCCAGCAGCUCGCAGACGGUGGCGGUGGUGCCCAAGCCCGAAGCGGCCGAAGGCAAGAAGGGCCCGGCCUGCGUUGACAUGGAGGCCGACGGCUCCUCCCUCAGGGUGCCGGCCACCUUCCACCCGCCCGACGUGGUGGCCGCCCUGCUGAGGGCACCGGCGCCCGGCUGGCCCGAGGAGGAGGCGCCGGUCCCCGCCGAUGAGCUGCUGGCGGGAGACGGGCCACCGGACGGCUGGUGGGCAGGCGAGGCGCAGCCGCUGGAGCGCUCCAAGAGCAGCCGGUACCUGUGUAGCCCGGCGGCCUGCGCCGAGGCCUCCUGCCUGGUGGUCAAGUCGCACAGCUUCGCCCUACCGUCGUCGUCGUCCCGCGGUUACUACGGCUGCCUGGGCGUCCCGGUGAAGACGGCCGAGUACACCAGCAUCACCGACUCCAUCGACACCCGCUGCGUGUCCGCCGCCGCCCCCCUCCACGCCGAGCACUCGCCCCUGUCCAGCGGCUCGCACGGCGACCACUCCAGCGGCCUGGACGACGGCGCCGCCUGUCACCCGGAGCGGGAGGCCGAGCUCAGCCACCCCAGCUCGGACAACGACGAGGACGAGGAGGUAGGAGGCUUAGGCCCGGGAGCCCCGCCCGCUCUCUGCAGGCUGGAACGGGCCAACAGCUGCACGGCGGCCGAGCCCGCCAGCCCGGCGCCUCACGCCAGGAAGAGCUGCUCCAUCAGCGACCGGCUGGACAGGCAGCGCAACUCGGCGACGACCGCCGCUGCCUUGCACGGCCCGUUCCAGCGCAGCCGCUCGUCUCGGCCCGACGUCAGGUCCGAGGGCUUCUCUCUCAAGGCGCUGGGCAGAGCCACGGCCUUCCGAAGCUUUGACAGCAGCAAGCAGAGCUUCACAUAAUGUGCACCAACCCUCCCCACUCCUCGCUGUGUGCUUGUUAUCUAAUGUGUGGUUUAUAGGUGCUCAGACCCAAUGUUCUCUCCUCCCCACCUUCGUGUUUCCACCAGUGUCUGUCUGUCUGUCUCUCUCUCUCUGCCUUGGCACACUGCUGUUGUCCUGAUGUUGGAAGGGCUGGGUCAUGAGUGGGACGGUCGGUCCCAUACUGUCCUGGACUGAGCUGCUGGUUGAAGGUUGACAUAAAAGAGGCUGUAGAUGCUGGAAUCUGGAGUAACACGCAAGAUGCUGGAGGAACUCGGCGGGUCAGGCAGCAUCUAUGGAAGGAAAUGGAUGGUCGACGUUUCUGGUUGAGACCCUUCACCGGAAAUGGUGAUGAUUCAGAUGAAGGGUCUCAACCUGAAACGUCAACUGUCAGUUUCCCUCCAUAGAUGCUGCCUGACCCGCUGAGUUCCUCCAGCAUCUUCUGUGCUGCUGAUGAAGAUUGCUUGAAAUCCCCAGGACAACUAGGAGAACCGACUCAAACAAAAAAAAUAUAGGCAGCUGGAAAUGUGAAAUAAAAACAGAAAAUGCUGGUAAGGUGGUAUCUGUGAGAAGAGAAACUAAGAUAAUAUUUACGGUGCACCAAUCUGAUUCUGGUCUUAAUGUUUCUGGUCUUGAUGCAGGGUUUUGACCCAAAACCUUGACAAUUCCUGCCCCCCAAUGCUGCUGGACCCACUGAGUUCCUCCCGCAGAUUGUUUGUUGCUCCAGAUUUCAGCAUCUGCAGUUUCUUGUGCCUCUAAUAUUUCUGGUGGAUGAUCUUCCAUCAGAAUUCUGUUGAGAAGUCAUGCACCUGAAACAUUAUUUCUGUUUCUCUCUCCAUGGGCACAGCCAAAACUGCGGAGUAUUUCAGAAUUUUCUGCUGUUAUUUAAAGAGAACCAACCUCUUCAGCCAAAUAAAGAAGCUUGUGCCCUUGAGGUCAUGAUGCUCAUGCAGAAUCCUCUAGGUGUGUGUUGCUGGCAAUGGAGUAAGGAGCCCAGUCAUUCUUGGUAGUAUACACAGUAACAGUUUCUCCCUAUCUCCUCACUCACCAUUAGUGAAAUCUCCCCUCAACCUUCCAUUCUCUGACAAAAACACUUCCAACUUUUUCGUUCUUUCAAAAUAAAAUAUUAUUUGAAGAUUCAGUUAGUCCAACUGUAAAUUUCAAAAUUGCAGUUAGUAAAUUGUUUAGUUAUUAAAGGAUAAGGAAUCAAGGUGGAUAGAUAGAUCACAGCUGAUCUCUAUCUUAACUCUAAGUAAAUGGCACAACAGACUGCAAGGCCUGGACUUGUCCUUUUCCACUGUUCCACUUCUUAAACUGGUAAAGAAACCCGGCAUAAAAAUCUCAGUAAACCUUCUCAACUAUCUUUAAGUCUGUUUAAUUGGCUCAUUCUCAGCCAGCGAAAACCAAUGGUGUAUUAAUAGUAUGGCCUACUGGGAAUUCACAAGUAACCACUUGUAAAGGAGACAUCCUGUCCUCCAAACCCAGACUCCAGUUGGCAUAGCUCCUUCAACUUAUUUUCUAAAGGAAAGUUUGAAAGUACAAUAAACAUGAUCAGUGAGACUAAUAGCACAAAGGGAGAAAUAAUUUUGAUACCAAACACUGGUGAAUUUUGUCAACUGCUGUUUGUUAAUAUUUGAUAGCCUUUUAAGGAAGGAUUGUACAGUAUUUUUAAAAAUAAUUUGCAAGUAUCUGUGGUUUUGUGAUUCAAGUUUUAUUCUUCAUCAAGUGAUAAUAUAAUUGUUGCUACAAGUACUUUUGCUGGCUCUUAUUCAUAAGCAUGUAUGCUAUUGCAAUAAGAAUGUAAAUAAUACCAUCCAUCCUUUGGGUCAAAUAUGAAAUUUAAAAUACUAGCAGUGCAUGCAUUUAAAAAUCAGAUGGAUUUCACCAAAAGAUGGCAGGUAUAUGUAUUAAAAGUCAAGGGCCAACUUGCACAAGUGCUAAAUGUAUCAAAUGCAAAUGGCUGACAGCCUUAGCAAAUAGUUUUGGUCCUUUUGGACUUUUAAGUUUAAGUUAGAUUUUAAGGUUUCAGCCCCAAAUUCCUGUGAAGCAAAAUACCAUGUAAACAAGCACAUUGAUUUUCAAAGCAUGGAGUAAUCAUAGAGUCCUACAGUAUACAAGAGACAUUUGACCUAUCAUGCAUUUGCCAUUUGUUUGAAAGAAUUCAGUUAGUCCCACUCCUCUGUUCUUUCCCCAGAGCACUGUAAAAUGCCCCUCUCCAGUUAUUCAUCCUGUGCAUCGUUUGAAGAUUGCUAUUGAAUCUGCUUCUACUGCCCUUUCAAGCAGUACAUUCCAACUCUCUACAUUGGAGGAAAAAAAAUCUAAAAUCCCCUCUAUUGCAAAUCCAUGUCCUCUAAUUACUGACAAUCCAGCCACUGAGUAUUGAUCAGCUGAUUGCAAAACCAACAUUCCAUCUACUUCUAGUAUGAGGGAAUAAAUUCAUGUUUAGUCACUUGCAUUAAAUCCAUGAUGCUGUUGUGGAGGCACAGUGUACCCAAUUUCUGAAAUUUGGUUCUUUGGAAGCAGUGUACAACACACAAUGGUUACAAUAUUCUACAUUUAUUGCAAGGGACUGGGGUAUGAUUAUCUACCCCAUUAAAAGUAAUUUAAGUUAUCUCAAGUUAUCACACAUUGGUAACCUUUAGGGAACGAUAAUUCAAGUCAUUGGCAGGCUGUGUGGGACAGAUGGAAACUAACCUCCUAUCCACUUUAAAAUGUUGGGACUCCACCUUCCUCUCGCCCAAAGCACAUGCACAUACAGAAUUGAGUGCUGAGCUCACACAUGGCAAAUCUUGGCAAAGAAGCAGCAUUCUGCAAACAGUACCAAGAGUGACCAAGUGAAUGGAUAACUGCACCUUCCAAAGACCAAUCAUGAUCAUCACACAGGUAGAAAUAAUUGCAACUGGUUGUAGCCAUUUUCUCUUUGGAGUCUCCUUCCAAGUUUACCUUCUGAUGCUGCAUCUUUUCUACACAAAUAGGUACACUCAUGCACUCACGUUCUCACACACGUUUGGUUUUAAUUUGCUAUGUCAAUUGCUGUGGAAUCCAACUUUCUAAUUGAGCAUGGGAGCCUAAUGUGUACUGUUACAUUGAUAUCUUCAGCAUUUCUCUCAGUUUCAUAUUUACUUUCUUCAAAGGUAUAAGUCUGGCAUUCUGCAAGUUUAAGUAAUUAAAGAAAGUGACAGGGUAUUUAAACAAGAGAGUAAACUGUUAAACAUAAAUCAAAAGCAAAAUAAAGCCCUUGCAUUUCUAUAGCAUCUUACCUGUCUUUUUCACAAUGUCCCAAAACUCUUUGCAAUCAACAAAGUGAGGUCAUUAUUGUAAUGUAAAGGAUGUAUCUGCAAAUUUGCAUAUAUUUAACAUCCCUAAAAUAAUGAUGACCAUAAUUUUCCAAUAAAAUGUUGAUUGUAGGCUAGUUAGUGUCCAGGACUAUUCAUCUACCAUUUGAAAUAAUGCCAUGGGAGUUUUUACUUCAAUCCAAGGGAGCACCUUAACAUUUCACCUGAAAUAUAUCACCUCCAUACUUGGAGUGCAGUUUGGCCUUUUCUGCACUCAAAACUUUGAAACAGUCACACAACCUCUAACUCAGAGAGUGCAAUGUGAAAGUUGAAAAUAUUGCGCGGGGUGGGUCGGACAGGCACGGUGUACCAUUUAUCCAUGACUGCUCAUCCCUCUGAGGAUUGGGAAGCCUCUUGUGAGGGCUCCCCCAGCCGUCCAUCCCUCCCCGGCCCUCUCUGCGGUCACAGCACUGCCUGGAGAUUUCCCUGUGCCCCGACCCCACUCACUGGGUUGCACCGUGGAGAUUCCUUGGAUGGUGUUGCCCUGAGCUGAGUCUGCAUGGCCACCAAGCGCUCCAUCUCGAACAGCAGCUGCAGACGGGAAGUGAAACCCAGAUAAGUGUGAAGUGAUACACUUCAGGAGAUCGAAUUUGAAGGCAGAAUACAAGGUUAGUGGCAGGACUCGAAGGAUGUGGAAGCUUUAGAGAAGGUGCAGAGGAGAUUUACCAGGAUGCUGCCUGGAUUGGAGAGCACUCAAAUAGGUUGAGUGAGCUAGGGCUUUUCUCUUUGGAGAGAAGGAGGAUGAGAGGUGACUUGAUAGAGGUGUACAAGAUGAUAAGAGGCAUAGAUCGAGUGGACAGUGAGAGACUUUUUCCCAGGGCGACAAUGGCUAACACGAGGGGACAUAAUUUUAAGGUGAUUGGAGGAAGAUAUAAGGGGGAUGUCAGGGGUAAGUUUUUUUACACAGAGUGGUGGGUGUGUGGAACGCACUGCUGGCAGAGGUGGUGGGGGCAGAUACAUCAGGGACAAUUAAGAGACUCUUAGAUAGACACAUGAAUGAUAGAGAAAUAGGAGGCUAUGUGGGAGGGAAGGGUUAGAUAGAUCUUAGAGCAGGAUAAAAUAUCGGCACAACAUUGUGGGCCGAAGGGCCUGUACUGUGCUGUAGUGUUCUAUAUUAUAGGGGGUGAGGAAAUAUAAUGGUUACUGUUUGUAUUAGGGAUCCAGGAGGUUUAAGCUUGUAUCUCAGCACCAAAGCAGCUGAGGAAAUUAAAUUCAGUUAAUCUUGAAUAAAGCAAAGAUAUUCAUGACACCACUAGAUUGUUAUGAAAUCACCAAUGCCCUUGAGGGAAGGAAAUGGCUUUUCUUGUCCUGUAUAUGACUCCAGGCCCACAGUAGUUUGCUUGCUCUUAACUGCCCUGUGAACUAGGCAAGCAAACCACUCAGUUCAAGGGCACUGUGGAUGGACAAUGAAUGCUCAUUUUGUCAAUGACACUCAAAUUUCAUCACCAAAUUAGUUAGGUUAAAAAGCUAAGGAUUAUUCAACACUUUAUCCAGAUUAGGUUAGUUGUUUUAGGUGGUAAACUCUAUUUAGUUAUGGCAGAGAUGCUGUAAAGGGGCACGAUUUGCAACAAUCCCAGACCAAAUCUGGGACUUCUAAACUUUGAAGUGAUCAAUAAAACAAAUGUGUUCAACAAUCUAUGUGUUCAAAGGCAUCAUUUACUCUACCUUUGAAAUGCAAAAAUAUCAAGGACUAUUAGCUGGGUCCAAUAACACUCUCCUGAGUUUAAUAUUGGUAAAUCAGAAGAUUUGGUUGGCAUAUUCUCAGUCAAACAGUUUUGGUUAAUUCUGAAGAUAAUCCACAUACAUGCAAUCCUGUAAUUGAAAUUUAAAAGUGAAAUCUAUACUGUGUUUUUUCUUACUGUGAACCAACCUGCUAAUCAAAGGUUAUAGACUUGUGUUUGUGAAGUGCAAUAUUUACCUAUCAAUGGAAAACUGAUGCAGUAAUGCCAAAAUUCACAGGUCAAAGAGGUCAUCUAUGACUGACAAUAGUAGAGCAAAAGCUUGGGUAUUUUAGACUCGGACAAAGGGUCAAUCCAGUAUUUGUAGCAAAGUUUGCACUUUCCUGUCAACCUCCUUCUCCCAACCUCUGUCACUUUUACUUGAAUGUUCUUAUGUCACUGUCCAAAAGGGAAAGGGAUGUCCGAUCCAAAGGCAGUGGGCUCUCAAAGACUGAUUGAGCUUUACAUUAACAACAAGGUUAAUGCAAACUUUGGAGAUGGCUUUUUACAAAAACAUUGAACUCCUGUUCUUGGCAGGAGUGAAGGAUUAUGAACAUGCGUCCUUGAUGUUUGAUACAGUUUAAAAACUUAGAGGUGAGACAUAGGCAUGAAUUUUAUAUGAGAACUCCUCUGUUCAACAACAUAGUUUUCACAUUGCCAGGAAAGUCUCUCCAUCUAUGCAUUAAUUGAUUGUAAAUGGUGUGAGUGCAAAUCCAAUUUAUUUCCUCCACAAUAUAUAUUUUAAAGAACGAUAUGUCACACUAUCACUGAACACGGCACUAAUGCCAAUUAAAGAGAAAGAUUUUACAUCGAA